AUGGAUGUCAACGCCGUCCUGAACGGCACACUCGACCCAGAUGCCAACACUCGUUCACAGGCCGAGAACCAGCUUCGAACCGCCGCUGAACAGGACUUCUCGGGCUACCUUACAGCCCUUUCCGGCGCUCUUGCCAACGAGCAAGCCCCCUCGACAGUGCGUAUAGCCGCCGGUCUCGCCCUCAAGAACUCCUUCUCCGCACGAGACUUCGGCACACUCCGACAAGUACAGUCCCGAUGGCUGGAGCAAAUCGACGGCAGCGUCAAAUCGCAGGUGAAGAGCAAUGCAUUGCAGACGCUGGGUUCGAACGACCAGCGAGCAGGGCAAUCCGCCGCCCAGUUCAUUGCAUCUGUUGCAGCAAUAGAGCUGCCGCGAGAGCUGUGGCCAGAAUUGAUGCCCACUCUCGUGGAGAACGUCGGCAACGGCAGCGACCAGAAGAAGCAGUCUUCUCUUACCACAAUAGGCUUCAUCUGCGAAACGGAAGAUCAGGACCUCAGAGAUAGCCUUGCACAGCACAGCAACGCCAUCCUGACGGCUGUGGUUCAGGGUGCACGAAAAGAGGAAGCCAACAACGACAUCCGAAAUGCCGCCAUCACUGCUUUGGGAGACUCGCUUGAGUUCGUGCGAACAAAUUUCGAGAACGAAGGCGAACGCAAUUACAUCAUGCAAGUCAUUUGCGAGGCCACCCAGGCAGCCGACAACCGUAUACAGCAAGGAGCUUACGGCUGCUUGAACCGUAUCAUGGGCCUGUACUACGAAAAGAUGCGAUUUUACAUGGAGAAGGCACUCUUCGGCUUGACCAUUCAAGGCAUGAAGAGUGACGAGGAGGAUGUGGCCAAACUCGCAGUCGAAUUCUGGUGCACCGUUUGCGAAGAGGAAAUCAGCAUCGAAGACGACAACGCCCAAGCGCAAGCAGAGGGCAGCACCGAGCUUCGGCCGUACUUUAAUUUCGCACGCGUUGCGACUCAGGAAGUCGUUCCCGUACUCCUCGAGCUUCUCACCAAGCAAGACGAAGAUGCCGGCGAUGAUGAAUACAACAUUUCUCGCGCCGCAUACCAGUGUGUUCAGCUCUGGGCGCAAGCUGUCGGCAGUCAAAUCGUUCCAUCUGUCCUCGGCUUCGUGGAAAAGAACCUGCGCAACGAGGACUGGCACUACCGUGAUGCUGCAGUAUCCGCUUUCGGGGCGAUGAUGGAAGGUCCAGAUGAGAAGGUCCUGGAUCCGCUCGUCAAGCAGGCUCUUCCGGUCCUGAUUAGCAUGAUGGGCGACUCCUCCGUUCACGUCAGAGAUUCCGCAGCAUUCGCACUUGGCCGCAUCUGUGAGGCUGUCUCGGAGUCUAUUGAUCGCAACGAGCACCUCCAACCACUUAUCACAGCUCUUUUCCAGGGCCUAGCAUCAAGCCCCAAGAUGGCAAGCUCCUGCUGCUGGGCUCUCAUGAACCUUGCGGAUCGUUUCGCUGGAGACCCUGGAUGCCAGACCAAUGCUUUAUCGCAACACUUCCAGGCCAGCGUACAGCACCUUUUGCAGCUCACUGAGAACACCAAUGACAACAUGUUGCGGACUGCUGCGUACGAAGUACUCAACGCCUUCGUUACGAACGCUGCCAACGAUUGUAUUAAGAUGGUGGCUGCUCUGAGCAAUGAAAUCAUCGCACGCCUGGAGAAGACACUUCCCUUACUGCAGCAAGUCGUCUCCGUCGAGGACAAGCUCACGCUCGACGAGAUGCAGACUUCGCUCACAUCAGUCAUCAUGGCCAUCGUGCAACGUCUGGAAGCCGAAAUCGCACCUCAAGCCGACCGCAUUAUGGGACUUUCUCUGCAACUUCUUGGUGCUCUGCCAGGGAAGUCAAGUGUCCCUGACACUGUCUUCGCUACGAUCGGGUCGCUGGCGAACGCGCUUGAGGGCGACUUCGAGAAGUACAUGCAACAGUUCCAGCCAUACCUGCUGAAUGCACUGAACAACCAGGAAGAGCCGCAGCUCUGCUCUCUCGCGAUAGGACUUGUCACCGACAUCGCGCGUGCGCUCGAUGCGAAGGUGCAGCCUUACUGCGAUGCGUUCAUGAACAGCUUGUUGAACAACCUGCGAAGCACGACUUUGGGUAAUCAGUUCAAGCCAGCGAUUCUGCAGUCAUUUGGCGACAUUGCUCAAGCCAUCACUGGCGCCUUCGAGACCUAUCUUUCUGUUGUUGCUCAGGUGCUGCAACAAGCUGCAGGCAUCAGUACCCAGGAGAAUGCUUCCAACUUCGAGAUGCUCGAUUACAUCGUCUCGCUUCGGGAAGGUAUUAUGGAUGCCUGGAGUGGCAUCGUCAUGGCUCUAAGGAGCUCUCAAAAACAGCAACUCCUGCAGCCCUACGUGGAGUCAAUUUUCCAGCUUCUGAAUAGCGUAUACUCAGAUCCAAAUCGCACCGAAGCACUGCUCCGAUCAAGCAUGGGUGUUGUUGGUGACCUCGCAGAAGCCUUUCCCAAUGGCGAAUUCAGCCACCUCUUCCGAAACGAAUGGCUCACUGUCAUGGCACGCGAGACUCGUGCCAACAAGGAGUUCUCUUCGCGCACCCAGGACACUGCUCGCUGGGCUCGCGAGCAGAUCAAGCGACAGUCAGCCCUUGGAGGCAACGCCCAGAUGUCUUGAGAAAUCAUACCAUCGAAGCUGCCGCCCUGCAUAGCUGCACGUAUAGCUGCGUGUUGCUCAUGCUCAGGUCCAGCCCUAGCUGAUGCUCAAAUCAGCAGUGCCCAAUGUCGAUGAAAACGACAGGACCAUGAGCAGUCCAAGAAAGGCCACCAUCCACCGCCACGGACCUUUUCCCCGCGAGUGCACGCUGUGAUUUCCGCCCUUGUCUCCGCUGUUCAUGCCCGAGGCAGACCUUGGAAUGAGACGUGACUUCUUUGCUCUUGAGGCACUACGCCGUGGAAAGAUCAGGGUUCACUUGCUGCCACCCACCCACCCCGAAACGCUUCCCCGAAGCACGACCCAUGUUACAACAGCACACGACACGACACGCACUCACGCCAGCACCUGCACGCAUGGAUACCCGCCCAACACAAUUGGACCCUUUUGUCUGACACCGAAACAAGGAAGUGAUGAUACAGCAUGCAUAGCAAUGAUAGCACUGGCACAAGCACAAAGCACGGAGAUGGAUCAGGAGGGGUAGAGACGGUGCGCACUGUUGCCUCGACAGUGUCGAAAGAAUAGAUCUGAUCACCCUAAUCACAAUCGAAAUAUCUCGUAUCCCUUAGCUCGGCAGCAGCGAGGAGUGUUCCCCG